GCUCCUUAUAACCCCACCAAGCUCUACCCCCAAGGGAAGAAUCUCUCUUUCUCUCUCCCAAUGUUUUGAAAUUUCUGGCCUUCACAAGUUCCCAACCAUAGCAGCAAAAGCUGUAGCCAAGGGGUGAAAGAAAAAAAAUCCCAUAGUAGCAAAAGCUUCUCCUUCAUCUUCAUCGUCUUCAUAGAAACCCAAGAUGUCACCGUUCUCUGCUUGAUUGUCUGUUUCUUCAUCUGAAGCCGUUUGCUUCCACUACUUGUUCUGAGUCACUGAGUGAUGGGUGUGAGCUCUAUUUUCUCUCAGACUUUCCACAUUACAGUAAUUCUCACAAGAAGCUCUUUUCGCCGUAAUCCUUAGAUUGAAGCCAACACAUGUCCCUUUAAGCCCCUGGGAAUUCAACCACACACAACAUUGAUAAAUACAUAAAACACAUAAAUAUAUGGCGGGUGGGAAACUCUACAGUGCUUCAGACAUGAAUGUUAUUUUCCAAAACGAAAAGCUCCCUUGCUCUUCUGACGUUCUUGAGUCUAUUUGGGUUCCCACUUCUUCCUCCUCUUUUCAUGGUUCAAAUUCAAUGGUUCAUUUUGAAAGUGCAAGUGGAGAAGACUCCUUGGAUAGGUCAUUCUUCCGACCGAUUGAUAAAGAAAAUGGGGAUGACGAUUAUGAUGCAAGCCUUAAUCAACCAGGAAAGAAAAGGCGGCUUACAGUGGAUCAAGUUCAGUUUCUGGAGAAGAACUUUGAGGUAGAAAACAAGCUUGAACCAGAGAGGAAGGCCCAACUUGCAAAAGAACUUGGCUUGCAGCCUCGCCAAGUUGCAAUUUGGUUUCAAAACCGGCGGGCGAGGUUUAAGAACAAACAGCUGGAGAAGGAGUAUGACUCAUUGAAAGCUAGCUUUGACAAGCUCAAGGCUGAUCAUGACAAUCUCCUCAAGGAGAACGGAAGUUUGAAGAAUGAGAUUGAUUCCCUCAAGGACAUGGUGAUUUUGAAAGAUAUAGGAAAGCCUGGAACAAGAAAUCUGGAGUUACAUGAUGCAAACAAUAUUAUUUCAUCCGAUGUAAAGCCCCAAAGUGCAACUCCAAAUGCAGCAGCUUCUGAUAAUGUGCCAAUGGUGGUAUGCAAGCAAGAGGAUGCAAGUUCUGCCAAAAGUGAUGUUUUUGACUCAGAUAGCCCACAUUGCACCGAAAACCAUUCUUCGUUGUUGGAGCCUGCUGAUUCUUCUCAUGUCUUUGAACCAGCUGAACAGUCGGAUUUCUCACAAGAUGAAGAUGAUGAUCUCAGCAGGACCCUUUUGCCCCCACCCUACUUAAAACUUGAAGAUAGCUGCUAUGAUGAGCCGCCUGCAAGUUCUAGUAAUUUUGUGUUCCCUAUGGAAGAUCAGCAGCCCUUUUGUUUCUGGCCUUACUGAGAGAGAGAUUAUCAUGUUUCACAUUGACAUACUGCUAUGUCUCUGUGAUGAAAUGUGAAGUUCUCAGUUGUAAUUAUGGUUAAGUUAACUAGCAAUAAAUCCAAUUAUUUUGCCCGUUUCA